AUGGCGAGCGGCUGUGGCGGUGGUAAUGCAGGCGCGGGUGGGGGACCAGGGUUAGGCCUGAGCCUCGGCCUCGGCCUUGGUCUGAGUCUCGGCAUGGGUGAGGCCACCGGCGAGGUGGAGGAGGAGGCGGCCACGGCCGAGGCGGUGGGACGCCUGGCCACGACGUUGUGGCUGCGGCUCCGCGGAUGGGAGGCGGUGCUGGCGGCGGCACAGCGGCUGCUUGUGUGGGAGAAGCCGUUGCACAGCUUGGUCACGGCGGCCGCGCUCAACGGCCUCUUCUGGUUGCUGUCUUCGUCUUCCCUUCGACCCUUCUUCCUACUUAGCAUUUCACUUUUGGCCUAUCUUCUGGUGGAUCUCUGGCAGCCUCGCUUUCUCCCUGAUGUACCAGCAUCAUCCCCAGAGGAGCCACACUCUGACAGUGAGGGUGCGGGGUCAGGCGCCCGGCCGCACCUGCUGAGUGUGCCCGAGUUGUGCAGAUACCUGGCUGAGAGCUGGCUCACCUUCCAGAUUCAUCUGCAGGAGUUGCUGCAAUACAAGAGGCAGAAUCCAGCUCAGUUCUGUGCUCGAGUGUGCUCUGGCUGUGCUGUGCUUGCUGUUCUGGGACACUAUGUUCCAGGGAUUAUGAUUUCCUACAUUGUCUUACUGAGUAUCCUGCUGUGGCCCCUUGUGGUUUAUCAUGAGCUGAUCCAGAGGAUGUACACGCGGCUCGAGCCCCUACUCAUGCAGCUGGACUACAGCAUGAAGGCAGAAGCAGAUGCCCUGCAUCAUAAACACGACAAGAGGAAGCGACAGGGUAAGAACGGACCCCCAGGAGGUGACGAGCCACUGGCAGAGACUGAGAGUGAAAGCGAGGCAGAACUGGCUGGCUUCUCCCCAGUGGUGGAUGUGAAGAAAACAGCACUGGCUUUGGCCAUCACAGACUCAGAGCUGUCGGAUGAGGAGGCUUCUAUCCUAGAGAGCGGCGGCUUCUCUGUAUCCCGGGCCACGACUCCACAACUGACUGAUGUCUCUGAGGAUUUGGACCAGCAGAGCCUGCCAAGUGAGCCGGAGGAAGCCCUGAGCCGGGAGCUGGGAGAGGGAGAGGAGGCAGAGCUAGCCCCUCCUGAAGAGCUGCUGGGCCCCUCUCUGGCCCUGUCAAGGCAGGCUCUGGACUCAGAGGAGGAAGAUGGGGCAACCAAGGAAACCUUGCUUCGGCUCUCUUCUCCUCUUCACUUUGUGAAUACACACUUCAAUGGGGCAGGAUCCCCCACUGAUGGAGUGAAGUGCUCUCCAGGGGUACCAGUGGAGACGCUGAGCCUGCAGGCAGUGAGUGGUGACCUGACCACUCUACCCAGCACCCUGUCACCUCCACUCUGCCUUGCUGAAAGUGACCCAGUCCUUGCCCCCUCUGUGCUCCCACCUCUGCCCCAGGACUCACCCCAGCUUCUACCUGCCCCCGAGGAAGAAGAGGCACUCGCCACUGAGGACUUUGAGUUGCUAGAUCAGGGGGAGCUGGAGCAGCUGAAAGCAGAGCUGGGGCUGGGGCCAGAGACACCCCCAAAGCCCCCUGAUGCUCAGCCCCAGGGGCCCGACACCCUAUCUCUGGUACAGUCAGACCAAGAGGCUCAGUCCAGGGCAGAACCAUGA